AUGGCAACGAGCACUACGUUGUUCGGCGGCAGCGGUGGCGCUAUCUCGAUCACGGUCGGCAGCGGUGUUGCUGCCGUGGGUGGCAGCGUGGCUAUGACGGCCGGUGCGACGACGAACGGCGGCUCAGGUGUCGGUGGCAUCGUGUCUAUCAACAGCGGUGCUGGUGACUUCACGGGCGGCGCGAUCGGUAUCGUCACGGGCCCAGGAACGGCAGGCAGCUCUGGUGCUUUGACGCUGGCGUCAUCGAACUCGGCUGUGGGCAGCGGAAGUGUGACGCUCUCCAGUGGCAUAUCAAACUCUGGUAGUUCUGGCUCGAUCACCAUUGCGAGCGGCAUGUCUAACCAAGUGGGGGCCGGUGGCUCGAUCACGACCUCGUCGGGCAACGGCGCAUCUGGUACGGGCGGCUCGGUUGCGAUCACAGCUGGGCUCUCGGCUUUGAAUUUGGGCGGCGCCAUCACGGUCAAGUCGGGUGUCGGGACGGCCACUAGCAGCGGACACGUUGCAUUGGCCUCGGCGGCUGGCG